CUCCUGCACGGUGUCCUGGCUCGGCCCUGCGCUUGCUCCUGGCCCGCGCGCGCCGGCGCCCUCUCGGUUCCUGGGCGCAUCUCCAGGCUCUACCAGCUCCGCAGCUGGAGCCAGGGCGCCAGUGUUCGUUUCUGCUCCGGGUCGCUGCGCCCACCCGACGCAGCCAGAAGGACUCCGCAGCCCUGCUCUGGAUCGUCCCCUUAGGCUUAACCCGGCCGCUUCGCUUGGAUUCCUCGGCCGCCUUCACUCGGGUGGCGACUUCCUCCCCGCGCCCCCUCCCCCUCGCCAUGAAGAAGUCCAUUGGAAUAUUAAGCCCAGGAGUGGCUUUGGGGACGGCUGGAGGUGCAAUGUCUUCCAAGUUCUUCCUAAUGGCUCUGGCCACGUUUUUCUCCUUCGCCCAGGUUGUAAUAGAAGCAAAUUCUUGGUGGUCGCUAGGUAUGAAUAACCCUGUUCAGAUGUCAGAGGUAUAUAUCAUAGGUGCACAGCCUCUCUGUAGUCAACUGGCUGGGCUUUCUCAAGGACAGAAGAAGCUCUGCCACUUGUAUCAGGACCACAUGCAGUACAUUGGAGAGGGUGCGAAGACCGGCAUCAAAGAGUGUCAGUACCAGUUCCGGCACCGGAGGUGGAACUGCAGCACUGUGGACAACACGUCAGUCUUCGGCAGGGUGAUGCAAAUAGGCAGCAGAGAGACAGCCUUCACUUAUGCGGUGAGUGCAGCUGGGGUGGUGAAUGCCAUGAGCCGUGCAUGCCGCGAGGGUGAGCUGUCCACCUGUGGCUGCAGCCGUGCUGCACGCCCUAAGGACCUGCCUAGGGACUGGCUGUGGGGCGGCUGUGGUGACAACAUCGACUAUGGCUAUCGCUUCGCCAAGGAAUUUGUGGACGCACGAGAACGGGAACGAAUCCAUGCCAAGGGCUCCUAUGAGAGCGCGCGAAUCCUCAUGAACCUGCACAACAAUGAAGCAGGCCGCAGGACAGUAUACAACUUGGCAGAUGUAGCCUGCAAGUGCCAUGGAGUGUCUGGCUCAUGCAGCCUCAAGACAUGCUGGCUGCAGCUAGCGGACUUCCGAAAGGUGGGUGAUGCCCUCAAGGAGAAGUAUGACAGCGCAGCAGCCAUGAGGCUGAACUCCCGGGGCAAGCUGGUACAGGUCAACAGCCGCUUCAACUCUCCGACCACGCAGGAUCUUGUCUAUAUCGACCCAAGCCCGGAUUACUGUGUGCGCAAUGAGAGCACAGGCUCGCUGGGCACACAGGGCCGCCUGUGCAAUAAGACUUCAGAGGGCAUGGACGGCUGCGAGCUCAUGUGCUGUGGCCGUGGGUAUGACCAGUUUAAGACGGUGCAGACUGAACGCUGUCAUUGCAAGUUUCACUGGUGCUGCUAUGUGAAGUGUAAGAAGUGCACAGAGAUUGUGGACCAGUUCGUGUGCAAAUAGUGGUGUGCCUGCCCAUCACCCAGCCCCGUUCCCAGGACCCACUUAUUUAUAGAAAGUACAGUGAUUCUGGUUCUUUGUAUUUUCCCCCAAGAAUUGCAGCAGCGGGAACCAUAUUUUUUUUUCUGUUACCAUUUAAGAACUCUGUGGUUUAUUAUUAAUUUUAUAAUUAAUAUUUGGCAAUAGUGGGGGAAAUUGAGAAAAAAAUAUUUAUUUUAAGAAUCUUUGCAGAGUUAGUAUAAAACUUCUUUCUUCUGAUGCUACAGGAUAAGGGGAAAUAACACAUAUUCCAAGUUAGCUGCAUGGCUGGGGUUCACAUCUAGAAGUCUAGGAACUAUUUUCUUUUCAAAUAUAGAGUCCUUUGGGAUGGUGGUACCCAGGUGAAAGAGGUUAGUACAGACCAUGAAUGAUUCGGUUCCUAUGGCCAAAAUGAAAUAUAGAUGCUCUGGUAUAAGACAAAAGAUCUUAAAUCUAGGUAUAUUAAAUAUACAGAUAUGCCCAAAAUACAGAAUGUGAGACAUUCCCCACUCCAGUCUGCUUUUUGUAUUUCAGAAUGACCUUUUAGAAUGUAAGAGCAAGAAUAUCAUAUCUUCCUAAGUAGGCAUAUCAUGUAUGUUAUGAGUCCACCUACAGAUACUGCAUUUAUGGAUGUGCUUUUUUUCUAACAGUUCGUGAAACUCAGAGAGCUGAUAGGCUACAGGGGUGGAGUGGGUAGAGUUGUGGUGGAAGGAUGUCCCCAGAAAUUAGAAAACUUGAAAUUUCCUACAUUGAGGCCAUAAUCUUAUGGAGUUAGCCCCAGCUGAUUCUGUGAAUAUUAGACUUCAUGUCUGGGAAGGGAUUUUGACCCAGAAAGGAUAUCAUUUUGAAAGCCAUCAUAUUGUCUUAAAAAUGAAAAUUACCCAUGAAUCCUACUUGCAGAUUCUCUCCCCAGACAACAAGGAAAUCCCAUGUAGUUGAGCACUGCAGAAGGGCAGAAUACUUCCUGGAGGAGAAAGUGGCAGCCACCUUCCUACUUGACCCCAAGCCCUCUCUGGACUCUCUGUGCCUUCCCUAUGUGAUGCUGGCCAUGUAUCUAAAUGGCAACUCUAGUGGACACUCAUGGCUUGCAGGGCAGGACAUAUUCAUGAGGAGCUAUGCUCAAAAACAGCUACUUGGGAAUUGCUUUUUUUUUUCUCUCUAAAGGUUUUCUUUUGAGGUACAGUAACUUCAUGUGUUUUGCUGAUAUUACUUGGCCCAAGGAGUCCACAGAGGUGUUGCAACUGUUAUAAUCCUGUGUUCAGACUGCCCUUUUGUGCUUUUCCUAUUAUCCUGCAGGUGUACGCCAAAACUGUUCCUAGUGUACUUGAACAGUUGCAUUUAUAAGGGGGGAGGGAGUGUGGUGUAAUGGUGCCUGAUAUCUCAGUCUUUUGUACAUAACAUAUAUAUAAAUAUACAUAUAUAAAUAUAGAUAUAACUAUAUCUCAGUGCAGUCCGUGAUUUAGAUUUACAGUUUGCUCUGGGCUUACUCUCUGCCUGGUGCAUUGUCCUUCACUGAAGUCCCUUGGGGAUUUCUUUUUUCUAAAACUUUGAGUAUUGACAUUGGCAUGCGACUCUGUGGGAUCCUACCAUGUACACCAGGAAGCAGGCUAGACUCCAAGGAAGUAUUCAGGGCUGGUGUCCUGAAAUGUAUGUUGGUUAGAAGGUGGCCUCUCUGCUUCCUGCCCACCCCAGGUUCUCCACCCUCUCUUUGGUAUUCUUUGUGGGGAGGUUACUGUGGUCGGUCACAGCCACGGACCCUCAGAACCCAGGAGCACCAGCAUUGUCUCGAAUAGCUCAUUUCUCAGUGAGGACUUGUGCCUGUCCUGUGUGACAGGGCUGACCUGAGUCCCUGAAGCUGAUCAGCUCACCACAUAGAUAGUUAGUUUAAACAAUGUUUUAAAAUAAGGGCAUCUCUAUUUAAAAGUGGCAUCUGCUGUGUUGUUGUUGGGCCUGAGGCUGUUCUUCAAGGUUUGAUCUGUCCUCCUUUACAGGCUUGGUGGCCUUUUGGUUGCCUCAGCCCUCUGGCUCUUAACUUAUUGCCCCCAAAUAUUCAUUUGCCCUCAGCUACAGUGAAUCGCAACCAAAAGAUCUUGAAAUGAAAAAGCACUAAUUUAGUUUAAAAUGUCACUUUUUUGGUUUUUAUUCUACAAAAACCACAAAGUACGCUUUUUUUAUUUGCUAAAUCAGAUUGUGUUCUUUUGUUUUUAGUGAUUCAUGUUUAUGAGCAGAGUGGAGUUUAACAAUCCUAGCUUUAAAAAAAAAAACUAUUUAAUGUAAGAUAUUCUACGCGUCAUUCAGAUAUUUUGUAUAUCCUCUAUGGCCUUUAUUCUGUACUUUGAAUGUACAUAUUUCUGUUUUGUGUGAUUUGUAUAUUUCACUGGUUUAAAAAAAACAUCAAAAGGCUUAUGCCAAUGGAAGAUAGAAUAUAAAAUAAAAUGUUACUUGUAUAUUGCUAA